AUGUCCUCGUUAUCACUCUCCCCCCGCUGGCUGGGUCAUCUCACCACUAUCUUAUCUGAGCACAAGAAAGCAACUACAUAUGCGCUCGCUACGGUGAAUACAGAGGGGGAGUUUCCCAUCCCUCGGGUGAGGUAUCUGGUUCAUAGAAAUAUUCUCACUUUGCACUCAGCCCGGCCCAUCCUAGUUUCAACCACCGACAUACGCUCGCCCAAAGUUAAUCAGAUACGCUCUCAUCCAUCUACCAGAGGCCCAACCGCUGAGGUAGCUUGGUGGAUUGCAGAGGAAAACGUGCAGUUCCGAAUCUUGGCUCGUGUUCAAAUCCUUCCUGCCCCUUCACACCCACUCUAUUCCGAAUUUCCGUUUAAAGAGUUAUCUCAGAACAGUGGCGGAGACUCGGGGCCAGAUGCGCCGGCGACCGCCAAAGAGUGGGAAGCUUUGCGUAUCAAGACGUUCAAUAACCUGGUACCACCUAUCCGUGCAUCUUUUGCCCGCCCCACGCCGGGGAGCCCACUCGCAGAUCACACGGAUGCAGAGCGAUGGCCACAGAAGCUACCUGAAAAAGGAAAGGAAGAGACGGAAGAGGAGAAGAAACAGGUCAAGGAGGCUUUGGAGAACUUCAGCUUGCUCUUGUUAGAGCCUCUCGAUGUCGAUUUCGUAGAACUGGGUGUAGUUCCCAAUCGUCGGACCCGAUGGAGCUUCGAUGGUCACAAAUGGGAUGAACAGGCCGUGGUUCCGUGA